AUGAGCGUUUGCUCUGGUGCGUCCUCGUUUGGAUGCCUAUCCGACUUGCGCUCGUUGGCGACGCUGAACGACGGCGAGCCGAAUCGUGUCGACCUCUACGUGCCGCCCGUCCUCCGCACCGGGCGCAUCGACCCGCAGGGCUGCCAGAUCACGGCACAGUACAACGAGGCCACCCAGCGCAUGCGCUUCAAGUACCAGCUGUACUGGGAUGAGGUCGGGCUCGGCUCGGCGGCCGCCAGAAACGACAAGUCGCUGCUCUCGAGCAGCCGCGACGUGCGCACAGCCGUCCAGGAUCUGCCGGCCGUGUUGUGCGACGGGCCCUGCGGCAAGGAGUACGCGCCGGAGCACCUUAUUACAAUCGGCCUCUGCGGCCACUACUUGUGCAAUGACUGCUCGCAGCAGAAGACGAAAGGAGGGAUGAUGCGCUGCAUGGCCCCCUCCUGCGACCAGGACUACAAGGACAUGUGCAACAACACGAGCCGUGGUAGUAGUCGCGUCGAGCGGCGGCUGUCGUUAUGUUCGGCGGCCAGCGAGGAGCCCCCGCGCAGCCGCGAUACGGAUGGCUGGCCGAACGAGGGCACCUUGUGCGGCACGCCGAAGCAGUUGCAGUCCCGCCCCGCAACGGCGUUGUACACUGGCCACUCGUCGGACUGGACGCGCACCAUCACCCCGGUGCUCUCCGUCGAGAUGGUCGUCGUCCGCGUGCUCGUCGUCAAGAAAACCGGCUACCACACGGAGCGCAAGCAGGUUUACGAGGGUGAAUACGAAGGCAGCUUCCCGCUUGGUCGCGCCCUGAUGGCCGUGUUCGGCAACUGGGGUGAGGGCAAGGUGUACAUCUGCCACAAGCGCUUCGGGGCCCCAGACCAUCAUCUCGUCGAGCUGGACAUGGCCAAGGAGGCCAAUUCGCCCCUCAACAAGUUCACCGCGAUGACCCGCCGCGGGAUUCUGAACCUGGCCGUCGACUACAGUGGCCGCAUGUUCUCCACGAAGACGUUC